AGAAAUUUAAACCGAAAAAAAGCCACAAAAUGAGCGAAAGUAUUCUGCAAUUUGCUCCCUGGGAGUCCUUUGUUUCGCCUACAUUCUGGCACAAGCUGGCUGAACUAAAAUUGGAUCACGAUCGCCUGUCGGAUGCCCAACGUUCCAUUUCGGGCCACUACACAAACCGAAAGGCUACGGGCUGUCUGUUGGAGGCGGAUUACACAUCGUUCAAUAGUUCUGGGCAGCCACCAAAGUUCAGCCAUGCUGCCGUUGGAACAAUCUAUAACAAAAACACAAUUGAGGAGUUCAAGGCCCUGGACAAGCUGACGCUGUUGUCUGAUGAGGGCAAGAAACUGUUAGCUGAUAUGUGCAGCGACCGGGUGGCGAGUGAUCCCAGUCUGUUGACUCGCUUCUUUGUUCUAUCCUUUGCGGACCUCAAGUGCCACAGCUAUUACUACUGGUUCGCCUUUCCGUGUCCCUUGACGCCCACACUUAAGCUACAGGGAGCCGGUACGAGACUUAAAGAUCUGUCGAAUAGCAGCAAAUAUGUAGAAGCCCUGCAGACACUUCCACCCGACGCUCAGAACUUCUUCAUCCUGUAUGCCAACGAUCAAGAGGAUGUCGUCGAGGCUCGAAGCUUGAGUUCUCUGGAUGAGAAGGAGGUGGAACACUAUUACUUUGGUUUUGCCGAUCCCAGCGAGUACGAGCAUCCUGCUUGGUUGAUGCGGAACUAUGCCGCCUUUCUGCUGCAACGAUAUCCCAGUUUUAUUGGGAAAUCACUCAGGUUUCUGGGCCUACGUUACAACCAACAAAUGCAGAUGGACGACAGUCUGAUAUGGAAUGUAGUUCAAACCGAGGCCUGCGACUUAAACGAAACCGAAGAUGUGAAAUUUGUUGGCUGGGAAUUGAACAAAAACGGGAAAAUGGGUCCGCGAAUGGUUUGCAUGAGGGACAGCAUGGAUCCAGCCAAACUGGCCGAGAACUCUGUAAACCUCAACUUGAAGUUGAUGAAGUGGCGCCUGGUGCCAGAUCUAAAUCUUGAGAUUAUCUCACAAACCAAAUGCCUUCUGUUUGGCGCUGGUACCUUGGGCUGUGCAGUAGCUCGCAAUCUUUUGUCUUGGGGCUUCAAACACAUAACUUUGCUGGAUAACGGAAAGGUGGGAUUUUCCAAUCCAGUCCGCCAGAACCUCUAUACGCACGCAGACGCCGUGGCGGGCAACCGGAUGAAGGCCACAACAGCCGCCUUAAGACUACGUGAUAUAAACCCUUCUGCAGAGACCGUAGGGCAUGUGCUGGAGAUACCCAUGCCGGGCCACACCAUCGGGGAGUCGCUGCGCGCUCAGACUGAGCAGAACUUGCUGCUGAUUGAGCAGCAAGUGCAGGCGCAUGACGUCAUCUUUCUGCUCACUGACUCGCGCGAGAGCCGCUGGCUACCUACACUGCUUGGAGCGGCGUAUGAGAAGAUUGUCAUCAAUUCGGCGCUGGGCUUCGACAGCUAUUUGGUGAUGCGGCAUGGCAGCAGCCGCGAUGAGGCCGGCGACAGUGGGAGGGAAAUCGUGGGACUAAAGUGCAUCAAUGGCAAUCAGCUGGGAUGCUACUUCUGCAACGAUGUCACGGCGCCCGGCAAUUCGCUCAAAGAUCGUACUCUGGAUCAGCAAUGCACUGUGACACGACCCGGCGUCUCCAACAUCGCUGCCAGCUAUGCCGUGGAGCUGCUGGUGGCUCUGCUCCAGCAUCCCCAGCGGGAGCUAGCUCCGGCCUACUACGCCCAAACCGGAAGGCAGCAGUCGAGUGAGGAUUCCGGCAAGGUCCCCGAAGGACUGCUAGGCAUCCUGCCGCACUCCGUGAGGGGAAUGCUCUGCAACUAUGAGAACAUCCUGCCAGCCACGCAAAAGUUCGCCCAAUGCAUUGCCUGCUCAGCGCCAGUUUUAGGUGCCUUCAAGAACGAGGGACAUGCCUUUCUCUUUAAAACCUUUGAAACAGCCAAAUAUCUAGAGGAUUUGACGGGCAUCUCGGAGUUUAAGCGUUUGAACAGUGAGAUAAUCGACUUUGAUGAUGCCGAGUUUGAUAUUUCCGAAGAUGAUGAGGAUUAGUACUCCUUCAUUCUGAAUUUAUAGUAAUAUCUUUUACAAAGCAUUUAUAGUCCAAUGUCUAAACCAAAAUGUAUGUAUUCAAAUGCUUUAUCUAGUCCUUAAGUAAAUUGUUUUCUCUAUAUCUUUACAUCAUUUCAAACGAUAAAAUACAAUAGAAUGU